AUGCCUAAGAGAGAAAAGAUUAAUAGACUAAAUGCAUUGGGAUUUUACAUUGAAUUAUUACCAUCCAUUGAACCACUGUUCUUUGUUGAGAAGUAAGGAUUUUCGAUCAAAGAAGCUUUGCUAUUGACAAGAGGAAGACAAUAAAGCCGGCCAAAUAAUGAAGAGAUUUAGAGUUUAUAAAUUGAUAAGGAGUCAAAUAUUCUAAAACUGGAAUAUGAAAAUGUAGCUUUUUAAGAAAAUUAAAGUUAUACUUAUAUAAUUAUUCUUGGUCCACCGAACAGAGGAAAAACCACCUUUAUCUUUAAUAUAAUAAAUAAAAUCUUCAAUGUUUAAUAUUACAGUCUUUAUAGAGUGAGAAAGAAGUAAGAUGAAACUAGAAGAUAUUAUGAUGAAUAUUUCAUUUAAAUAUAAAACAAGAACUAUGUGUUUGUGGAUUUUAGAGGAAUUGGCGAUUCAAAAUUGGAUUUUUUAGGUUUGGAUUAUAGUGGAAACUCAAAUAUCUAUAUCAAGAUUUUGGAAUAUAUUUAAAACAAGGCAUUGGCUGCAAUAUUUUAUGUGAAUUCUUCCUCCAUCAAUCGAUUGUCUGAAGAUGAAUCCUAUUGUUUAUAACGUUUCUUUGAAUUAAUUCCAAAAAGCAUCAUCAACCAAAAUAAAUUCUUUUUGGUGCUGACCUAUUGCACUGAUAAUUAACCUAAAAUGACUAUUUAUGAACAAUCUAAUUCUACUCCUGAAGACUUGAAAGACCUUCUAAGAGAUUCAAACUUGGCAGAUCAAAAAAAGUUUUGGUAUGGUAUUAAUAAUAAGCCUCUUUAUGAACCAGUAAUAUAUUUUAAUGGUUCAGUAGAAGUGUAAAACGAUAAGCUUGAUAUAUUAAUAAAAAACAUAGGAGAAGAUGCAUUUUUAACACCAGAACAGAAUUUGAAUGAUGGAAAUUAAUUGGGUUCGGAUGAAAGAAAUGAAGAUGAGGAAUAACGAGAGGAUCAGCCUGAAAUAUAAGAAGCAUAAUUAGGAAAAUUCUAGUUCAAUUAGAUGUCUAAAAUCAUAGAAGAAAUAAUUUAAAAGUUGUAACUAUUAAACAAUCGAUAAGAUAAUGAUGCCAUUGAUAGAAAGUAUUUUAAGAAUAAAUUAAAUUUUGAGAAAAAUAUAAUAGAAUUAUUAAUAAUUUACAGAUUAAGCACAGAAGGAUUAGAAUUAAAAGAUUUGGAAAAUGAACAAUUUCAAACUACAUUUUUAGUGUAUGAAUUAAGAGACUCAAAUGAAAGAGAAACAUUUAAAAUAAAGUAAGGAUCUCGACUACUUUUAUGCGAAACAUGUAAGAUUAAAUGUCAUGUUAAUUGCCGUUUUAACAAUACUGGUGAAAUGGUAGAUGAUAAUAAUAUGUGUAGAAUGUUUGUUAAAAGAAAUGGAAUUUUUGAGUGUAAAAAGUGUUUAAAGCAUGGGCACAAUAAAGGAUGUCAACCUAAAAAUCACAUAUUGGUUGAUAGAGCAGGAGAAAUUAAUAAAAAAAUAUAGGUUUCGAUGAUUAUUUCUAAUAAUUAUGAUCAAUUUAAGACUAAGAUGUCUUUGAAUAGAAAAUCAAAAGCAAUAUAUCGACUUUAAUAAACAGCAGCCAUGAAAGCAAAGCUUAAUUAUCAAACUAAAAUUGAUGAGAUUAGAGACUAUAUGGCAAACAAUACUAAAGAUAACGAUUGCAUAGCUGUUGAUUUACAUUAAAGAGCAAAGUAUUUGAAUGCUAUGAUGACUUAAUUAAAAGAGAACAAUUAAAAUGGUGAUGACUUUUAUAAAAAGUUAGAGGAAGUAAAUCAAAUUUAUUAAAAUUUUUUUUUAAUUGAUAAUACUGCAUAAGUGCCAUAAUAAGCGAAUAUUAUACCUGAGUUAGAUAUGGAUGACUAGAAUGUCCCCUAAAUGGAUAAUAAUAUUUCUUUUAGACAAUAAUUUCCUGAUUAAAACAUAAUUAAUCAUGAGAACUAAUUCUCACAGUAGAUGAUAAAUGGAUCUCCAUUGAAAAAUCCUCUAUUUAAUUCUGCAUACUUCAAUAAUGCAAAUGAAUAGUAGCCAUUAAUCUCUAAUUAAUGA